AUGGUAGUAACUCGGAGUACGGACUCUCGCCUAGACGGAUUAGAGAAGGCGGCUGGGGAACUGGAGACGGGAAUUGAUGCCCUCCGAAAUCAACUCAAGACCACUGAUGAACGCGUUUCAGCGGUCGCAUCUCAACUGGAGUUAUUUAUCGCGGAGGUACGGACUGCUCUGUCAACGGGCAAAUCGAGCGGGGCAUCAGCCUCAGGCACUGCCGAUUCAACCACUAAGGAGGACCCACCUACGGCGAACCCAGGGGGAAACUCCACCCUGACCAUGCCCACUUUUGACGGCACAGAGGCGGUGGCUUGGCUAGCACGAGCUGAGCAGUAUUUUCUAGUUUCUGCCACGGCCCCCGAGAAGCGAGUAAAGGUGGCUAUGGUAGCAUUGGCAGGCCCGGCUUUGCCAUGGUACCAGUUGCUUAUUAAACGCACCCCGAAUUUGGAUUGGGACUGUUUUGUGCAGGAGCUUAUGAAGCGCUUCGGAAACAAUGGCGCUGUGGAUGAGUACGAAGCGUUUGCGGCAGUCCGUCACACCGGCACCCUCGCUGAAUUUGUGGCAGCAUUCGAGGCCCGAUUGGCCUUAGUUCCGGAUUUGGCUUACCACCAGUAUUUGGGUUUCUUCAUGGCAGGCCUACGUCCUGAAGUUCGGAUGCAGAUGAAGGCUGCCAAGAUCACAAACUACACUGAUGCAGUCCAGUUUGUACUGGAUGUCGACCAAGUGGCCGGAAAUCCACCGGCCCAAUCCCAGUCACCGUUAGGUACGUUCCAGCCAGUGUCACAGGCUCCCACAUACGGCAGAUCAUUUAAGAAAGGGCCCCCUUCUUCCAACUCCUCAAAUUCUGUAACCGGUCCUUUCCGCAACUCACAGCGGAAUUUCCGGGAAAUGUCUUCGGAGGAGUAUAAGCGACAUUUGGCAGCAGGUACUUGUUUUAAAUGCGGUCUUAAGUAUGGACCAAAGCAUCGCUGUCCUCCUAAGACGCUGAAUGUACUGGUUUACGAGGAGGAGGAAGACCUGCUGGAUGACAUGACUCCAGAGGAGAAGGAGGCAGUGGAGGCAGAAAUUGAACUUCGGCUGUCAGAAUUGUCUUUCAAUGGCCUUGACACAUCCGAGACUAUGAAGCUUUUCGGAUCCCUCAAUAAUCACGAUUUAUUGGUCAUGGUAGACAGCGGUGCCAGCCAUUGUUUCGUGUCGGAUAGGGUGGUGGCACAACUGCAGUUACAGGUCACUCCUACCGCGCCUUUCUCUGUCCGAUUAGGUGAUGGAUCAUUAGUCCGAACAGCAGGCAUUUGCCGCGACAUUCCCUUAUUAUUGGCAUCUGAAGUUUUUGUGGUAUCGUGCUAUGUUUUUCCUCUGCGAAAUAUCGAUAUCAUACUGGGUGUUUCGUGGUUGAAAUCUCUGGGAGACGUCACUGCAAAUUGGGAUAACCUCUCUAUGAAGUUUCCUUUCAACGGGAGGCUGGUCAUACUCCAAGGAGACCCCACCCUCACGCGUCGGGAGUGCUCCGCACAGGACAUACAUGCCUUGGAAUACGGCGAUAAAGGCUGGGUUUUGUGCUCCUUAACCGGCCCCGCCGAGCCCAAUUUUGAUUUUGCAGAUACCCUGACUGAUGCGGCCCGACGUCAGCUUCGUGACCUCACGGCAGAAUUCCCAGCGGUCAUGAACCCCACGACCACUCUGCCCCCGAGCCGACGAAUCGACCACCAGAUUCCACUUCAGCCAGGGUGA